CCUCACCCCCCUCUCGCUAUCCCGCCGCCGCCGACGCGCCUUUCUUCCUCACUGCACCGCCGCCUCUCCCGUCCCGCCUCCCCCAGCGCAACGGCGGCCAGGGCUAUGGCGCAGAGGGCCGACUAAGGGCAAGGCGUGUGAUGUAAUAGGUCGCCAUCUCCCGUGGCCGCAAUGGAUCCUGGUGAUUGUCCUCCCUGGAUCGAUCCUGGCAGUGCGUUUAGGCUAGUUGUUAAGGUUUCUCCAUAUGUUGCUGAUGGUGAAUAUGGGCUAGUGGAAAUGGCAGAGCAGCAGCAUAACAUAUGGUUUCAUAGGAACAGUCAGUACUCUCUGGCUCAAUUCAGUGAGGAUUUGACCUCAAAGAUUAUAUGGGGGCCUAGUCAAACACUGGCAGUUUGGGUUCUUGACCAAGAUACUGGGUCUGAGUGGAAGCUAAGGAGGGAUGAACAUAUGCAGCAGAUGAUUAAGGACAGAUGGGAUGAGAGGCAGGCUAUUCUUGUAGUAGAUGUUGUGAGCAAUGACUCUAUGAAGGGAAAAUAUUCAUCAGAUGCUUCAAAAGGUAGAUGUGUCUCUGGUGUGACUAAUGGAACCAAUGCAGAGGCUACUGAUGUUGAAGGAUGUGGUGAUACCCACAGUUCCCCGCAAGCAGCACCUGCUCAACAGCCACCAGCAAUUGAUUGGAGCACUCUGACCAUUUUAGAGAACCCAGAUGAUGAUGGUAUAGCUGCACAGCUUGUUGAUGAGGACCUUGUAUUUGAGGCAAUGGGAUUCAAGGUUGCUGUGGAACCAGAAGAAGCUGGUCAUGGACAAGAUGUGCCAUUUCCAGCUAUGUCAGCAGAGAUGCAGGAAGACAUCAAUGAAGCAGCUGUAAAUGUUGAUGACACAGCUGAUGAGGAGCCACUGUAUGAAUGGGACAGGGACCAUCCUGAUCUGAGUGUAGGCAUCUGCUACCCCAGCAUGCCAGAGUUGAGGCUUGCAGCUAAGCAGCAUGCUAUUGUUCACGAGUUUGAGCUUCAAACUGAGCACUCUGACAAAGAAAGGUACAGGGUUUGCUGUGCAGCUAGAGGGUGUCCCUGGAAACUUAGAGCUAGAACACAGCAUGAUGGCAGUGUCAGGAUACAAAUAAAUGAGGGACAACAUCAGUGUGCUUCUACACAAAGAGUUCUGAGCAAGAUGGCAUCAAUAAACUGGGUGGCAGAGAGAGCUAUUCCAUUGUUCAAGAUGAACCCAACAAUGGGGGCUUCAGAAAUGCAAAAGCAGUUGAGAUUCAAAUACAACAUUGAAAUCCCCUACCAGACAGUGUUUAAGGCAGAGAUAGAACUGAGAUCUCCAGGCAGUGUGGUAGAGAUAGACACUGUCACUGAUGAGGAUGGCAAAGUUAGGGCACUAUUCUCAGAUGGUGAACAUGGCAAGAAACUUACACCAAAGAGGAAGGCCUUGGCAACUAAAAUGAAAAAAACACCACCUAAGAAGAAAGCACGCAAGAGCAAGUGA